UUGCUGCUAGAAGCGCUUCCAUUUAUAAUUGAAUCUCUGUCUAAAAGCCCGUCACCAUCGAUGUCGACGGUUUCCUGCCCAGAAUAUCCCGAACUGCAAGAAAAACUCCACAGGCUUGCUCUAGCUAGAGAUAGUCUUUCAUUACAGGUAACAGUUUUGACAGAGCAAGUUGGUGCGCAAAAGGAAAAAAUUCGAGACCUUGAACAUCUAUUAGCUUCGAAACGAAAUAAGCUAGAUUCAACCGAAGAGCUUCUUCAAGAACAUGCAUUUAAUCGAGGUGAUCUGGAAUCAAAAAAAUUAGAUUUAAUGGCUGAAGUCUCGAAUUUAAAAUUAAAAUAUGCAACUCUUGAGAGAGAAAAAUUCGAAACUGAGAGAAAACUUCGGCUAUCGCAAGCGGAAAUUGAACAUUUAAACCAGUCAAUGCAAGGUUUUAUGAUGCAACACGGUCUUCAUCCUCAGUUCCAAAAUAUUCAAAUCCAAGCACAAGGCACCUUGCCUCAAACGAUUUUGAAUGAAUCCAUAAUAAAAAGGACUGGCGAACCAGCGAGUGAAAUGGAACAGUUACGUUUGGCCGUCCAACGUCUUAUCGUCGAUAAUGAACAAAAGUUGGAAAAUUUUCAGGAUAUGCACAUCAAUUCAUUGCGAAAUGCUCUUGACGAAUAUUGCCGUUAUGAACGUGAAAACCAUUACAAUUCACCAUCAUUGUCUGUACAACGAACAGGUAUAAUAAAUGGUACCAAGAAACAGUCACAACAGCAACAACAACUAGGAGUGCAACCUUUUGAUAUAAAUGUACAAAUCAGAAAAUUACUUAUGGAGGAUUAUAACGAUCACAUAGCACAUUCUUCUUCAUUUCCGAGCAAUUUUUAUAGCACUCAGCAACAUCAAAAUACUUCCACAUCAUCGAGAACACCUUCAGCGAUACAAUCUUCGUCUUCAUAUACUUCGUCACUUUCUGCUGCUUCACCGCAACAUAGUUGGUCCAAUUCAGGUACUCCUCGCCAUCAUGUACAAUAUGGAAAUAUCGCUUUGAAUACUACUGGUUUAUCACAAGCGACAAGCAACUCUCCAGGGACGUCCGUGUCUAACUAUCGAUCUCCGUCUUCACCAGCAGCCCGGCAACUUGCAGCAGAAUUGGAUGAAUUACGUCGAAUUGGAGGAGAAAUACAGCAGAAACAUGAUAUUUCAAUGAACAAUGGAAGCUUAUCGCGCUCCUUAAAAUCGGCAAAGGCUGCUUCAACCUUAACGUUGCCAAGAAAGAAAUUAUCAUCUACUGCAUCGACUGGCAUAUCGGGUGAGUUUCCAAUAAUCGUAUCACGUUCAGCAGCAAGUGUUAGCGGAGCAUCGCGUCGACCGAUGAGAUCCUAUCGUCAACAAAUGAACAAAUGGCUACACGACAAAAUACUUUCUCGUGUUGACAAACGAUCAACUUCAGCCCCAAAUCUAGGUCCCCGUGCGAUUGAUGCGUUGUGCAGUGAUGUCGAUGAUUAUGAUGAUGAUGAUGGUCAUGGGCGAAGAACAACUGCUUCUGAAAAUGAAAAUGAGAUUGAAAGUGAUGAUGAAGUUAUGCGAGGAAGGCAGUCUCGAUUCGCUACAGAUAGAUUUAAACGUGAUCGAACAAGGACAUCCUUGAAAAAUCUACUUGGAAAGUUGACAAGGAGCACAUCACAAGAAAUUCGAUCAAGUGAGAUUCGUCGUGGAAGUGCCACUCGAUCAAGCGUAUCAGCACGUUUAGCAUCGGUUGGACCAGUUGCCGGUGCAAUAGCUUUGCGUCCUCCAAUUCAGCAGUUCGUUGAUUGGACCACUGACCAGAUAUGUGAGUGGAUUGCUGAAAUUGGAUUCAGUUUGUACGUGCCUGAAGUUGGAAGAUUUGAAUUAUUAAUGAAGAAUGUUUUGCAUCGGAAGAGGUUACGUUGCAUACUAAAUAGCAUAAACCGAGGUAUUUCGGAUUCAUCCGAUCGAAUGGACGUUCAUCAAGUUGUUCGUUGGUUGGAUGAUAUCGGAAUUCCUCAGUAUGGAGAUAAUUUUGCUGAAAACAUGAUAGAUGGACAAAUGCUAACAAUCUUAACCGCCCAGGAUCUUAUGGAAAUGAAGAUAACCUCAGCUUUACAUCAUGCAACUAUUGCCCGAGGCAUUCAGUUUCUUCGAUCGAUCGAUUUUUGUCCAAAUCGUAUUGAGCGGCAUUUUAAUCCUUGGCUGAAAGCUAUCGAUUUAGCCGAAUUUACUCCGAACUUAUUAUGCGCUGGUAUUCAUGGAGCUCUUAUGGUACAUGAGCCGACAUUUACUGCCGAAUCUCUUGCCGAAGUUCUUCAAAUCCCCCCUCAUAAAACACUUCUAAGGAGACACUUGGCAACGCAUUUCAAUCAGUUACUUGGACAAGAUAUUAUAAGUCAUAAACGAACGAUACUUGCUCAACCUUAUGUCGCCCAAUUAGCGCCAUCUUUAAAAAUUCGUCUUGUUAAGAAAGGCUUUUCACUGACUCGUAAAAAGGGUAAGAGUGAAGUUUACGUUGAACCCGAUGAACUUGUUUGUCCUCCAUCGAAUUCAAGAAUAAAGUAUUCUCAGAAUUUUAAUUAG